UGCGUAAAGUAUGUGCGUGCGGAGAAUAAUGUCCUUGCAACAAUGAUGGGAUCCUGAAUUCCGGAAGUAAAAUUGUGGCCACUCCUUUGGUCUAUCUAGCAAUCGAGACGUCACUCACACUGGUCAUUGCAGAUAUUAAGAUUUCAGUCAACUGUGAGCGUUGGAAAUGACUGGGCAGUACAGCCUUGAGGGUGGGGAGUAUUCCACAACAUGCACCAAGAGGGAAACUAGAUGCAUCAUAGCUCUACUGAUAUUGGUCGCAGUAGGAAUUUCAAUCGGCAUGAUUGCCUAUUUAGCAUCUAAUCAGACAGAAGGGAUCGGUCCUGAUAGUGAUGCCACCUAUGCUCCAAUCGACAUCCCGUCUUCCAGACUAUUCACAACAACGAACACGCCGAUAGUGACAACAAAAUCAUCUACAAUGACAACAGAAACAACAACACUCCCUCAAGCCGUAACAACUACUGUGCAUGCAACGUCGUACCACCCGUCUACAUCUACAACGAUUAAACAUUCCAGUACUACAACCCUCGGGGAUGCUAGUACAACACAAUACCCAGCACUGACAACAGCCACGGAUACUAACACAGAACAAACGUCAGUAUUGACAACGACCAAAGAUGCUAAUACAACGGAACCGCCAGCACUUACAACGAAUAUGGGUGUCAAUGCAACUGAGAUUAGAGAUACAAAUUCAACGCCACCGCCAGUAUUGACAACGACCAAAGAUGCAAAUACAACGCAACCGCCAGCACUGACAACGAAUAUGGGUGUAAGUACAACUGCGAUUAGAGAUACCAAUUCAACGCCACCGCCAGUAUUGACAACGACCAAAGAUGUAAAUACAACGCAACCGCCAGCACUGACAACGAAUAUGGGUGUCAAUACAACUGCGAUUAGAGAUACCAAUUCAACGCCAAUGGCAGUAUUGACAACGAUUAAAGAUACUAAUAUAACGCAACCGCCAGUACAGUCAACGACAAAAUAUGCAAAUGCAACGCUACCGCUAGUACUGACAACUACUAAAGAAUUUAAUGCAACGCAACCGCCUGAACCGACAACGAUUAGAUAUGGUAAUGCAACACUACCGCCAGUACUGACAACUACCAAAUAUGUAAAUGCAACGCGUUCACCUGAACUGACAACGAUGAAAGAUGUUUAUACAACGCAACCGCCAUCACUGCCAACGGAUAAAAAUGUUAAUACAACAACGGUCAAAGAAACCAAUACAACGCCACCGUAAGAACUAACAACAACAACAGGUGUUAAUGCAACGCAACCAGCAGUAUCGACAACUACCAAAGGUUAAUUCAACAUGACCGCCAUUACAAACAACGGCCACAAAUACUAUUACAAAAUACCGCCAGUAUUUACAAUGGUCAAGGGUGCUAAUGUAACGUAACCAUCGGUAUUGACAACGACCAAAAUAUAAAUGAUAAACAAUUGCAAGUAUUGACAACGGAUACUUUUACUAUAACGAACGCCAGUGGUGGCAACGAUCAGAGAUGCCAAUACAACGAGACCGCUCGUUGUGUACAAUGGACAAAACAUGGCAAUGGAAAGGGGCCGCCGGUAUUGACACCGGUCAAAUUAUUAUUAUUUCUCGACCGUCGGUAAUGACAACUGUCGAACAUGCAAAUACCAGUUAUUAAUGUUUAUGUACAGUAACAAGGAAUGUACGUUACAUGUCCAGUAUACAAACAUUGGUAAACAUCUCAUUUGUGUUUUUGAUUGAUUGAUUGAUAGGUUUUACAUACAAUGUAUGUUUAUAUAGUACUACACGAACUUUUUAUAGGUAUGCGUGUGUAUUAGUAUGUAUGUAUGUAUGUGAAUAUGAUCAAUGUAAUACAUUUAUAUGAAUAUGUAUGUAUUGAAAUGUGUAAGUACUUGCAGGCCUCAACAUAGGAAUAUGUUUCUCUUGUGUUGUUCAUGAAUUGACAUAUAUAUAAAAAUGAAAAUAAGAUGGUAAUGUGAAUGUUGCAAUGAUAACAAUAACUAGAUACAGCUAUACUCUAAACACCGCGGAUAUUAAUCCUUCAGACGCCAUAAUAAAUAUGAUGUACAGGCUUAAACAAUUAUUAAUCUUAAACCAUUUAUGUGUUUACAAAACGUUCGUGUGUAUGUAAGCAUGCGUGUGUGUUCGCGUACUCGUACCUGUAUCCGUGUGGGACAAAACGUUCGUGUGUAUGUACGGAUGCGUGUGUGUUCGCGUACUCAUACCUAUAUCCGUGUGGGACAAAAAUGUUUAUUACUUUCGCCAAUGAAUGCAUUUCGAAAA